GCUCCAAACCAAGAGAACCUAAGCAGCAGAAUCCAAGAUGCGUGCCUUUAUUGUUAUGUGCCUGAUCGCAGUCACCUGCGCCGAUAAGCUCGGCUACAACUACCAGCCCGUGGGACACUCCAACUCCGGCCUGUCCUUCGCUCCUGGCAGCGGCAGCAUUGGUGGUGGUAGCAUUGGCGGUGGCAGCAUUGGCGGUGGACUCCAAGGACUCGGAGGUGGUCUGGGAGGAGGCAGCAUUGGCGGCGGUAGCCUUGGUGGUGGUUCCAUCGGAGGAGGAUCCCUCGGCGGUGGCAUCAUUGGUGGCGAUUCCGGUCUGGGCGGCCUCGGUGGUCUGUCUGGCGAUUCUCUGAGCGCUCCCGUCUCCUACAACGCCCCCGCCCCAACUGCCGAGCUCGAGAAGGAGUUCUUCACCUUCUCUGCCAACGAACAGGACUUUGAUGAGCCCCAGGAAUUGGAACGCGUCUCUAGCUCUCUGAACAAGGCCCUGCGCGUCGUCUUCAUCAAGGGACCCGAGAACCGUGGCCUGGAGAACGCUGCCCUGGCCCUGGCCAAGCAGGCUGCCCAGCAGGAGACCGCCAUCUAUGUCCUGAACAAGCAGGCCGAUAUCGGAGCUCUGGCCAACAAGCUGAACUCCAUCCGCAGCAACUCCAACAACAAGCCCGAGGUGCACUUCGUCAAGUACCGCACUCCCGAGGAUGCUGCCAACGCUCAGCGCGCCAUCCAGGGUCAGUACGAUCAGUUGGGUGGAACCUCCCAGGCCACCGAUGGUGGUGUGGCCCCGGCCCUGAACUUCGCCUCCGCUGGUCCAGUGCGUCAGGCUACUGCCCAGAACCCCGACAACUCCUACCUGCCCUCUUCGGUCUUCCGUCGCCUGCGCUAUUAAGCAUCGUGUUGCUGAAUGGUUUCGAGCAAUCGAAACUAUUUCUGGUCCUUGUUAAAGAAUUAUUGUUGAAACUUAUUGAUAAAUAUAAAAUUAAAU